GAAAAACUACAAAUCCCAGGAAGCAUUGGAAAGAUCGGGAGCAUUGGCACCGCCAUGUUGCUGCAGACUGCGUGAGGUCCUCGCUCGCAAUUUGGGAAGGUUUUGUGAAAGCCUUUGGAGAACUACUUCUCGAGACAAGAGUACAACAAUAAAUUACGUAAUUUUCAUUCCAUUCGUUGGUUUUUACAGACAUCUUUGAUUAGAAUGGGUAAUGGGCUCAAUAAGGUAUGUUAUUCGUUGAUAUACAGCCUAUAUGCAUGCGCUCCCAACAAAGUUUACGCACGGUCUCCGAGUACACUAGUUCUGUAGACCGGAGGUUUCAAUUAAUUAUACGAUCAGUCAAGAACGCGUAGUUAACUGUGUUUAAUGUGUGCGUUCUAUUGGUGCUGUAAAAACGUAUUACAUCUAAUUUAUUAUAUUGAAUCAGGUGCACAAUUGCAUGAUAUCAUUUCCACUUUAUGCCAUAAGAUUGUCAGUUUGCUGCUGUAUGUACUGUACACUGUACACUUUAAUUAAUCUAGCUGUCUAUCAAAGCAGCUUUCACACACACCCGGUGUGUAGGCAUUGUGCUUUUACAUUCCAACUCCUUGGCUACACAGUGGACAGACUUCUGUUAAAAAUGAUCAUGGAACGCAAACCACAUUUGCUGAUAUUACUUGUUCUGGGUGUAAUGCAUUGCUGUGUGUUAUCACGUACUGUAGGCUACAUGUCAUUAUGGAUACUUUAGCAAUUUACCUUCUCAAAUGUUGGCUUGGUACCGUGUGUGUGUGUGUGUGUGUGUGUGUGUGUGUGUGUGUGUGGUGUGUGUGUGUGGUGUGUGUGUGUGUGUGUGUGUGUGUGUGUGUGUGUGUGUGUGUGUGUGUGUGUGUGUGUGAUGUGUGUGUGUGUGUGUGUGUGUGUGUGUGUGGUGUGUGUGUGUGUGUGUGGUGUGUGUGUGUGUGUGUGUGUGUGUGUGUGUGUGUGUGUGUGUGUGUGGUAAAAGUAUGUGUCCCUCAUCCUGCAGCUGGAACAACACUGAUGAGGGGUGCAGAGAGUUUUUUCAAUCAACAUGAGUUGAUGACACCUGUUGUGUACAAACACACACACACACACACACACACACACACACACACACACACACACACACACACACACAGAUCCUCCAUUAACAUUCCUUAUUAUCACCAUAAUUUGUGUGGAGUCAGAGUAACAAGUAUCAGUUGUCUGAACUCACUGUCCUCUGGUAUUUGGUGUCAAACUAAAUACACCGUCCCUGCACCUCCAUGUUGUCUUUCCUUGAGUACACAGGCUAUAUAUUUGAGUUUCAUCUUUGCUGUCGAUAAUGGUAGAAUAGGCCCGGGGGCUUGUGUUUUGAGUAGCAACAUGGUUGCUUAGCCUAGUUAUUUGGAAAAUGAAUGAAAUGCUUGUUGUAAUUAUGUUAGGUUUAUGAACACUGAUGAAUGAAUGUAAACAACAGGUCACACAUUAAUAUUCAAUGCUUACCUUCCCAUAGGUCCUGCCUGACUUGUACUUGGGAAACUUCAAAGGUAUGUGUUUCUUCCACACUCUACUGGUCAAAGGCUUGAGCUAAGGAUAAGACAAAUGAAGACACCCCUUCACUGUUUUCCCUUCCAGUACAUUUCAGUGGCACAUUCAUAUUUAAGAACAUUCUAUGAAUAUUUCUAGAUGAUUCAUGAAUGUGUUUGUCAUUCAAUAAUUUUUUCCACAGAUGCGAGGGACAGGGAACAGUUAGCGAGGAACAACAUCACACACAUCCUCUCUAUCCAUGAUAGUGCAGCCCCUAUCCUGCCGGUAAGAAAACAAUUCCCAGGGGACCAUUUGCUAGAACAAAAAAAGCUAAAUACCACCUCAGAGAUGUUUUCUGCAUGAGGCUAUUAUACGAAUGUACACAUGAUGUAAUGAUACCUGACACAUGCAUUUAUACAUAUUAAUUAAUGCUUCUCCCGUAUCAUGCACACCUAAAAUCCAGUUUCAAAAUACAAUUUAGAUUAAUGAUAAACAUAUAAAUCAUGUUAUCAUCGAAAUAUGCAGACAGUUUGUUUAAGGAAAUAAAUUGCACUUAUGACAGUCAUGGGAAGAGUAUGGGGCAUGUUUUCCGCUGGACCUGUCUGUCAGGUAAUUCCAGACCGCAGUAUGAGAGUGUGGCUUAGUGUGUAACAUUAGACUAUGCCCCAUCCCAAACAAAACAGGUUCACAUGACUUCAAUAGAAAUAAUCUGUUGGAGCCUGAAUGAGCUCUGUGGGAGAGUGUAGGCAGAGAGUGGGCAGCAGAGAGGAGUUUUCAUUUGAGUUUCUGACCCAGUGCUCUGGCUCGAGCUUGUGUGGGAUUUAGUGUUCUCGCAUUCUACUACUCCCAAUAGCAACUAGCAAGGUCUGUCCCCUUCCAUCACUUCCUCACUACAGCUACAAUCACACCAUCACAAACACAGCCUAUAGGAAAGGCCCUUGUGUGUAAGCUUACAUAAUGGUUCUUGUUGUUUGCAGAAACACCUGUAAGACUGAGGAUUCAGCAUGAUGUAAUAGUUUGUAGUGAGUGGUGUUUACAACGAUCCUGUUGGUAUACUUUGCCUAUUAGAUUGUGAUUGUGUUAGACCAUAUAACAGUUGGCUGUUGUCCUGCAGGAUAUUACCUAUCUGUGCAUCUCAGCAGCAGACCUGCCCACACAAAAUCUGUAAGUACCCGAACACACAGCACCACACAGUACAGUAGUGGCCAAAAGUUUUGAGAAUGACACAAGUAUUGGUCUUCACAAAGUUUGCUGCUUCAGUGUUUUUAGAUAUUUUUGUCAGAUGUUACUAUGGUAUACUGAAGUAUAAUUACAAGCAUUCCAUAAGUGUCAAAGGCUUUUAUUGACAAUUACAUUAAGUUUAUGCAAAGAGUCAAUAUUUGCAGUGUUGACCCUUCUUUUUCAAGACCUCUGCAAUCCGCCCUGGCAUGCUGUCAAUUAACUUCUGGGCCACAUCCUGACUGAUGGCAGUCCAUUCUUACAUAAUCAAUGCUUGGAGUUUGUCAGAAUUUGUGGGUUUUUGUUUGUCCACCCGCCUCCUUGAGGAUUGACCACAAGUUCUCAAUGGGAUUAAGGUCUGUGGAGUUCCUUGGCCAUGGACCCAAAAUGUCAAUGUUUUGUUCCCUGAGCCACUUAGUUAUCACUUUUGCCUUAUGGCAAGGUGCUCCAUCAUGCUGGAAAAUGCAUUGUUUGUCACAACUGUUCUUGGAUGGUUGGGAUAAGUUGCUGUGUUGGUACCAUUCCUUAUUCAUGGCUGUGUUCUUAGGCAUAAUUGUGAGUGAGCCCACUCCCUUGGCUGAGAAGCAACCCCACACAUGAAUGGUCUCAGGAUGCUUUACUGUUGGCAUGACACAGGACUGAUGGUAGCGCUCACCAUGUCUUCUCCGGACAAGCUUUUUUCCGGUUGCCCCAAACAAUCAGAAAGGGGAUUCAUCAGAGAAAAUGACUUUUCCCCAGUCCUCAGCAGUCCAAUCCCUGUACCUUUUGCAAAAUAUCAGUCUGUCCCUGAUGUUUAUUCUGGAGAGAAGUGGCUUCCUCGCUGCCCUUCUUGACACCAGGCCAUCCUCCAAAAUUAUUCGCCUCACUGUUCGUGCAGAUGCACUCACACCUGCCUGCUGCAAUUCCUGAGCAAGCUCUGCACUGGUGGUGCCCCGAUCCCGCAGCUGAAUCAACUUUAGGAGACGGUCCUGGCGCUUGCUGGACUUUCUUCUUCUUUUUCGCCCUGAAGCCUUCUUCACAACAAUUGAACCUCUCUCCUUGAAGUUCUUGAUGAUCCGAUAAAUGGUUGAUUUAGGUGCAAUCUUACUAGCAGCAAUAUCCUUGCCUGUGAAGCCCUUUUUUGUGCAAAGCAAUGAUGACGGCACGUGUUUCCUUGCAGGUAACCAUGGUUAAAAAAGGAAGAACAAUGAUUCAAGCACCACCCUCCUUUUAAAGCUUCCAGUCUGUUAUUCUAACCCAAUCAGCAUGACAAAGUGAUCUCCAGACUUGUCCUCGUCAACACGCUCACCUGUGUUAAUGAGAGAAUCACUGACAUGAUGUCAGCUGGUCCUUUUGUGGCAGGGCUGAAAUGCAGUGGAAAAGUUUUUUUGGGUUUAAGUUCAUUUUCAUGGCAAAGAGGGACUUUGCAAUUAAUUGCAAUUCAUCUGAUCACUCUUCAUAACAUUAUUGUGACGAGGUGUGAAAGAAGGAGUCAGGCGCAGGAGGUAAAAUACCGAAGUCCAGAGUUUAAACCGUUUGCAUAAAUGGCGAUGGUGGAAAUCCCUCAACAGGGAGGGAUCGAGGAUGUCCCGCCUUUGGACCCAGCACCGUUCCUCCGGACCAUACCCCUCCCACUCCACAAGAUACUGAAGGCCCCCCACCCGACGCUUCGAAUCCAGGAUGGAACAGACCGAGUACGCCGGGCCCCCCUCAAUGUCCAGAGGAGGUGGAGGAACCUCCCGUACCUCAGACUCCUGGAGCGGACCAGCUACCACCAGCCUGAGGAGAGACACAUGAAACGAGGGGUUAAUACGGUAAUCUGGGGGGAGUAACAACCUGUAUGUCACCUCGUUUAUUCUCCUCAGGACUUUAAACAGCCCCACAAACUGCGUGCUCAGCUUCCGGCAGGGCAGGCGGAGGGGCAGAUUCCGGGUCGAGAGCCAGACCCGAUCCCCCGGUAUGAACACCGGGGCCUCCCUGCGGUGGCGGUCAGCAUUGUCCUUCUGACGACGCACAGCGAGCUGGAGGCAAACGUGGGCAGCGUCCCAAGUCUCCUCCGCGCGCCGAAACCAGUCAUCCACUGCGGGAGCCUCGGUCUGGCUCUGGUGCCACGGUGCCAGGACCGGAUGGUACCCCAAAACACAUUGGAAGGGUGUUAGGUUAGUGGAGGAGUGGCGGAGAGAGUUCUGAGCAUAUUCUUCCCAUGGCAGGAACACCGACCACUCCCCCGGCCGGUCCUGACAGUAAGUCCGCAGGAACCUACCCACAUCUUGAUUCACCCUUUCCACCUGCCCAUUGCUCUUGGGGUGAAAACCAGAGGUCAGGCUGACCGAGACCCCCAGACGUUCCAUGAACGCCUUCCAGACUCUAGACGUGAACUGGGGACCUCGGUCAGACACUAUAUCCUCUGGUACCCCGUAGUGCCGGAAGACGUGAGUAAACAGAGCCACCGCAGUUAGUAGGGCCGUGGGGAGACCGGGCAGAGGAUGGAGGCGGCAGGACUUUGAAAAGCGGUCCACAACGACCAGGAUAGUGGUGUUACCUUGGGAGGGGGGAAGAUCAGUGACAAAAUCAAUACUCAGGUGAGACCAUGGUUGUUGUAGAACUGGUAAAGUUUGUAGCUUACCCGCUGGGAGGUGCCUAGGUGCCUUACUCUGGGCGCACACUGAGCAUGAGGAAACAUACACCCUCACGUCCUUAGCUAAGGUAGGCCACCAGUACUUCUCUGUCAGGCAGCGCAUUGUACGACUGAUACCUGGAUGACCAGAGGAGGGUGACGUGUGUGCCCAGUAGAACAGACGAUCACGGAUAAGCGCAGGCACGCACUGCAGCCCAGCUGGACACUGCGGUGGAGAUGGAUCUGUGUGUAAUGCCUGCCCUAUAUCUGCGUCCAUCGCCCAUACUACCGGCCCAACAAUGCGCCGGGAGUAUGGGGGUGUUGUCUCUGGGCCUCUCCUCUGUGUCAUACAGCCGAGACAGUGCGUCUGCCUUCACGUUCUUCAUACCCGGAAUGUAUGAGAGUGUGAAAUCAAACCGGGUGAAGAAGAGGGCCCAUCUGGCCUGGCAAGGAUUCAGCCUCCUCGCUGCCCAAAUGUACUCCAGGUUAUGGUGGUCUGUCCAGACGAGGAAAGGGUGUUUCGCCCCUUCGAGCCAAUGUCUCCACACCGUCAAAGCUCGGACAACAGCCAGCAGCUCCCGAUCACCAACGCCGUAGUUCUGCUCCGCCGAGCUGAGCUUGUUAGAAAAGAAGGCACAGGGGCGGAGCUUGGGUGGCGUGCCCGAGCGUUGGGAUAAGACAGCUCCCAACGCUCCUAUCCCUACCUCGGACAUAUCAAUCUCCACUACGAAAGGUAGUGAUGGAUCGGGGUGAGCCAGUACCAGGGCGGAGGUGAACAGACCCCGCAAUCUACUGAAGGCCAAAUCAGCCUCAGCAGACCAGCGGAGCCGGGACGGCCCACCCUUGAACAAGGAGGUAAUGGGAGCUGUGACCUUGCCAAAGCCCCGAAUAAACCUUCGAUAGUAGUUGGCAAAGCCAAGGAAGCGCUGCACCUCCUUUACCAUGGUUGGAGUUGGCCAAUUUACGCACGGCUGCAAGGCGGUCUUCCUCCAUCUCCACACCUGUGGUGGUAAUGCGAUAUCCGAGGAAGGAGAUUGACUGCUGGAAAAACUCACACUUCUCUGCCUUGGCAUUAAGAUCAUUUUCCAGCAGUCGGACCAGUACUUUGCGAACCAGGGACACAUGCUCGGCGCGCGUAGCGGAAUACACCAGGAUGUCAUCGAUGUAGACCACCACACCGCGACCAAGCAUGACCGGAAACACCUCGUUCACAAAGGACUGGAAAACAGAUGGAGCAUUCAUCAAACCGUAGGGCAUCACCAGGUAUUCAUAAUGCCCCGAGGUUGUGCUGAAUGCUGUUUUCCACUCAUCCCCUUCCCGAAUACGCACCAUGUUGUAGGCACUCCUGAUGUCUAAUUUGGUGAAAGAACGGGCCCCAUGCAUUGACUCAAUCGCUGAAGGAAUGAGUGGAAGAGGAUAACUAAAUCGUACCGUCACAUUAUUCAGUGGUCGAUAAUCAAUGCACGGGCGUAAACCGCCAUCUUUCUUCUUCACAAAGAAGAAACUCGAGGAGGCAGGUGAAGUGGAGGGACGUAUAUGCCCCUGGCGCAGGGACUCGGUGACGUAUAUUUCCACAGCCUCCGUUUCAGCCUGCGACAGGGGAUACACAUGACUCCUGGAAGGUACAGUGUCUACCCGAAGGUUUAUCGCGCAAUCCCCCUUCCGAUGAGGUGGUAAUUUAGUCGCUUGCGUCUUGGAUAACGCGAGCACCAGAUCAUGGUAUUCGGGGGGAAUGCGCACGGUGGGGGUACCGUCUGGACUUUCCACCGUGGUCGCACCAAUGGAAACACCUAGAGACCUACCCGGACACUCACGCGACCACCCCGUAAGAACCCUCUGCAGCCAUGAGAAAUUGGGGUUGUGAAGGGCUAACCACGGGAUACCCAAGACCACAGGGUAAGCAGGAGACUCAAUAAUCAUAAAGGUGAUCUGCUCAACAUGUGUCUCCUGCAUAAUCAUGGUGACUGGUACCGUAACUUCCUUAACCAACCCGGAGCCUAAUGGUCGACUAUCAAGUGCUCUGAUGGGGAGUGGAAUGGUUAGGGGAACCAAUGAAAUGCCUUGACGGUGUGAAAAUGCCCUGUCCAUAAAAUUCCCAGCUGCCCCUGAAUCGACUAGCGCCUUACACUGGGAACCUACCAAGUUAUCGGGAAAGGAGAUAGAUAAAGUACAGUGCCACAAAGGGCUCUGAAUACGUUUGGGUGUUCGUUAUCUGGGGUGAUGCGUGAGUACCCUGCCUACCGCCUCCAGACCCAAAAGAACGUUGACUGCGAUGUGAGGUGGAUUGUCCCUUCGUGCCACCAGAGUGGCACUGUCGCUGUCCUCCUGCACUCUCUCCACCGGCGGCUCCCCCCAGCUCCAUCUGCUCGGGGUCAGAGUCGUCCGGAGUGGGAACGGGCAGACCCCUACCAGGAUGUCCUCUGGCUGCUAGCAGAUUGUCCAGCCGGAUGGCCAUGUCCACCAGUUGGGAGAACGGUCGUUCCACCCAGACCCCGCUGCCAGCGUCCGGAACUCCAGCGCGUAUUCCUGAGCGGUCCUCGUACCCUGCCUCAGAUGAACCAGUCGUUCGCCCGCCUCAGGCGGAUGAUCAAAAAUGGCCAAAAAGAGGCGAGCAAACUCCUUGUAGUUCUCCAGAAGAGAAGGUAUCGUCCUCAUUUCCUGCCUUUGUGGGAGAGCCCUGGAGUGGGCCAACGCAGUCUGGAACGAGGGAGGUACCGCGUUGGCCCACUCCAGGGCUCUCCCACAAAGGCAGGAAAUGAGGACAGAUACCUUCUCCCGCUCCCGGGGCUCCGGCCGGAUGCUGGAGAAAUACAACUCCAGUUGGAGUAGGAAUCCCUUACAUCGCGCUGCCGUCCCAUCAAACACCGGUGGCCGGGAUAUCUGGAUCACUCCAGGGGCUGGGGUGUAGGUGGCUGGAUCCGAUUGACCAGCUGGUUUCGAUAGAUCGGAUCCUCUCCUCUCCGGGCGUUCUACCACCUGAAGAACCCGAUCCAUCGCUUCCCCCAAGCUGGCCAACAUCGAGGAAUGCUCCUGGACCCUUGCCACAACUCCAGGCAUGCGGUCUUCUCCUGCUGACUCCAAAUCAGAUCAGGUGAGUGAUUCUGUGACGAGGUGUGAAAGAAGGAGUCAGGCGCAGGAGGUGAAAUACCAAAUUCCAGAGUUAAUCCAUUUGCAUAAAUCAAACACUCCAAGCGUCAAACGAAACUAUACAAGGGAAAAUAUCCACCUUGGCAAUAACACAGUGAAAUGUAGCUCAACCGAGCUACACGCUCUCACAACAAACAAUCACUCACAAAGACAAGGGGAACAGAGGGAACACUUAUACACGUACUAAUUAGGGGAAUGAGCACCAGGUGUGUGUGAUUGACAAGGCAUGACAAGUGGAGUAAUGGGAAUGGGAUCGGCAGUAGCUAGUACUCCGGUGACGACGAACGCCGAAGCCUGCCCGAACCAGGAGUGGGGGCAGCCUCGGCGGAAGUCGUGACAAUUCUGGAGUAUAUGCAAAUUGCCAUCAUAAAAAUCGAGGCAGCAGACUUUGUGAAAAUUAAUAUUUGUGUCAUUCUCAAAACUUUUGACCACGUCUGUACACAAGGCUACCGGGUACAGAACAGAACAGCACAGGACAGAAGUGUAGUAGACCAUUCAGAUCCAUUUUAUCCAGCAGACACACUCUGUGUGGGCGUCUCUAGUUCAUGUUCUACUGGUAUGAAAAUUAUGUGCUUCACAUGCUCACCAUUUAACUGUGAAUCAAAUCACUGAAUAAAUGACAAGGUGAUUAAGCUUCUUAUUUCUCUAUUGAGAAAACAUGGAGGGAUUUUUACACAUUAGGAUAAAGACACAAACACAUGCAGAUAUGUACUGAGCACCCAUAACAACAUAUAGUAUACAUACAUACGUGGAUAAAUAAUGCUGAAACACGCACACACACACACAUUUACUCUGGUUAAGUGCGUAGAAUGCAGGAGGUCUGGUCCUCUAAUGUGCAGGAAGGAACAGGACGUCUCUGGUUCUGUACUGCAGUGUUGCCUCGCCCAUCUGCACUACGCCUCUAUUUUUAUAACACCCCCCAAAACACACACACACACACAGAUGUCGCUGUCAUCACCGCUGUUACCCCCACGCUUCGACGCUCCAGCACGGUGUGAAACCUACAGGCGAAAUGUGAAACUGGCCCUGGCUAACCAGAGAUGGACACAGACACCACUUUCUCAUCCUGGUCCUGUCAGGAGGAUAGAUGGAUGGCCCUAGAGCUUAGUAGAACACACCCAUCCUCACCCCUACGGCCCUCCCCUCACCCAUACCCUUCACCGCUCGCACACCCUUACCCACUCAUCACCCCACUUUUUAUGACUAGGGUGGGGGGCCCGUUUUACUGCUUUUUUGGCGAUUUUAAUGUUACUUGUCGUAUGUGCUUUCUCUUCCACAACUGAUACAAUUGUGUUACCAUUGUGGGAAUGGUAACUGGUUUGUAACUUUUUUAUGAGCUGCUUAUGACCUUACAUAACCUGUAUUUGUGUCAUUCUCAGGACAAAGCACUUUAAACAGAGCAUCAUGUUCAUGCACGAGUCACGUCUGAAAGGAGAGGGUUGUUUGGUCCACUGGUGAGAAUCUUUAUAAAAUACAAAACAACUUUAUUUGUCCAACUGCUACUGUAUCUCUGGGUUUAACUGAGUGCUCACAAGUGAACCCAUGUGUGACUAUGAUACGCAGCAGAUAGAUAGAUAACGCAGAAUGCUAUUCUUGAACUUCCCCAAACAGCAAUCUUGAUUUGAAUGUAUUGUGUUGGUUAAACUAUCUGAGGUAUAUCUGGUGAGGUUAAGGGUCUUCUGAGAAAUACAGAGGAAGACUUUCCUUUAUAUUCAAUUUCUAAUGUUGCCUCCACAGCACACCCUCUAUCUUUGACUUCCAAUUCGAUGUAUUGUCUAAUAUGACCUUUUGCUGAUUUCCUUUAUCUCUAUCAUGGCCAUACCCACUCCUAUCCAUCUCUCCUUAACCAUCCAUCCCUCUCUCCAUGCAGUCUGGCGGGUGUGUCUCGGAGUGUCACCCUGGUGGUGGCCUACAUCAUGACGGUGACAGGGCUGGGCUGGCAGGAGGCUCUGGCUGCUGUGAGGGUGGCUCGGCCCUGCGCCGGGCCCAACCUGGGCUUCCAGCACCAGCUCCAGGAGUUUGAGACCACUCACGCUGACCAGGUCAGUACAGAGGGGGAUAGAGGGAGGAUAGAUUGGAAAAUGUCACUCUUGGAGGAAAAUGGAAGUUCAAUAAAAAGUUACUUAUCAUCAUAAAAGUAUGUGUUAAAAGGUCCAAUUCAGCAGUUUUUAUCUCAAUAUCAAAUCAUUUCAAUUAGGUACCUUACUGUGAUUGUUUUCAAUUAAAAUGGUCAAAAAGGAACAAGAAAAGCUUCCCCUGCAAUUCUACACAUUUUGGUAUCAUAUGCAAUCCGGGUGCCCGUUUGGUAAUCCGGCCAUGUUUGGAACUCUCUUUCUUAUUGGUCUAUUAACUAAUUUACCGCCUGGUGAUGUCACCAAAACAGGCUGAAAUUUCAGGCAGUCUUUUCAAACAGCUCUUGCACUAAAAGGGCAUUAUCAUAAUUUUCACAAUUUCACAGUAUUAUUCCAACCUCAUAAUGUGGAAUAUACAGCUGUGGAAAAAAUUAAGAGACCACUGCAAUUAUUUCUUAAAUCAGCAUCUCUACAUGUAUGACAGCCAUUCAUUUUACGCUCUUAUCCAUUCCAUUCCAUUCCAGUGUCUGUUGAAUUCCAACACAGGCACACCUCAUUCUACUGAAUUAGGUACUGAUUAGGUGAUCACAUCAACCAAAUCUUAUUUAACAAGGAAAAGUAUAAAAACCACUGCUGUGGUCAUCACUAUCCUCUUGCAAUAGGACCAGCUGGAUGGCAAAAACAGUGCUAAUAGUACCUCAAAAGUAAUAUUAAUCAAAAACUAACUAUUGACCAUGCCAAAAGAGUUGAAAAGGAAAGUUUUGAGUGAGGAAAAGAAGGGUUCAAUUCUGGCUUUACUGGCAGAGGGAUACAGUGAGCGUCAGGUUCCUUCCAUCCUUAAAAUGUCAAAAACGGCGGUUCAUAAGAACAAGGUCAAGCAGCAGACAUUGGAGACAACAAAGCUACAGACCGGCAGAGGGCGAAAACGACUCUCUACUGACCGGGAUGACCGCCAACUCAUUCGAAUGUCACUCAACAACCGUAGGAUGACAUCAAGUGACCUACAAAAAGAAUGGCAAACGGCAGCUGGAGUGAAGUGCACGGCGAGGACAGUUCGAAACAGGCUCCUAGGGACAGGGCUGAAGUCGUGCAAAGCUAGAAAAAAGCCCUUCAUCAAUGAGAAGCAAAGAAGAGCCAGGCUGAGGUUUGCAAAAGACCAUAAGGAUUGGACCGUAGAGGACUGGAGUAAGGUCAUCUUCUCUGAUGAGUCCAAUUUUCAGCUUUGCCCAACACCUGGUCGUCUAAUGGUUAGACGGAGACCUGGAGAGGCCUACAAGCCACAGUGUCUCGCACCCACUGUGAAAUUUGGUGUGAAAUUUGGUGAUGAUCUGGGGGUGCUUCAGCAAGCCUGGAAUCGGGCAGAUUUGUCUUUGUGAAGGACGCAUGAAUCAAGCCACGUACAAGGUUGUCCUGGAAGAAAACUUGCUUCCUUUUGCUCUGACUUUGUUCCCCAACUCUGAGGAUUGUUUUUUUCAGCAGGACAAUGCGCCAUGCCACACAGCCAGGUCAAUCAAGGUGUGGAUGGAGGACCACCAGAUCAAGACCCUGUCAUGGCCAGCCCAAUCUCCAGACCUGAACCCCAUUGAAAACUUCUGGAAUGUGAUCAAGAGGAAGAUGGAUGGUCACAAGCCAUCAAACAAAGCCGAGCUGCUUGAAUAUUUGCGCCAGGAGUGGCAUAAAGUCACCCAACAUCAAUGUGAAAGACUGGUGGAGAGCAUGCCAAGACGCAUGAAAGCUGUGAUUGAAAAUCAGGGUUAUUACACAAAAUAUUGAUUUCUGAACUCUUCCUAAGUUAAAACAUUACUAUUGUGUUGUUUAAAAAUGAACAUGAACUUAUUUUCUUUGCAUUAUUCGAGGUCUGACAACACUGCAUCUUUUUUGUUAUUUUGACCAGUUGUCAUUUUCUGCACAUAAAUGCUCUAAAUGACAAUAUUUUUAUUUGGAAUUUGGGAGAAAUGUUGUCAGUAGUUUAUAGAAUAAAACAAAAAUGUUAUUUUUACCCAAACACAGACCUAUAAAUAGUAAAACUAGAGAAACUGAUAAUUUUGCAGUGGUCUCUUACUUUUUUCCGCAGCUGUAUAUAAAACACAGGAACAUCAACUUUUUUUGACUGCACUGUGCCUUUAAGCAUUAAAGCCUUCAGAGAAAGGUGUAGCCUCAUCAGGCUAUGCUGUAGUUACUUUAGAAAGAGAAUACACCUGCCUCAAUAGAAAAGAAUAUUGACAUACUGUAUUUUGUUGUAUGUAUCUGCAGUACAGGGAGUGGCUUUGGCAGGAGUACAAAGAGAGUCCCUUCAACGACGAGGAUGACAUCCGCAUCCUGUUGGCCAAGAGUCUCAAACCCAAUGGGGUGGGGGUGGAGGUGAAUGCUGAGCCGCCGACCCCUCCAGGAUUGCAGGGUACCUGAGACCCCUUAUCCAGGUCUGAAGACUUGCACUGUGGGAUGAUACCACUCUGGCGCC